AUGUCUCUCAAGCGCAAAAGAGACAUGGAUGAGCUCCUCACCUCCAGAAACAUCACAUUCAUCAUCGGACCCGACAAAGUACGCUACAGUGUACACGAGAAAUCCAUCGCCGGCCUUUCCGACCCGCUCCGAGCUCUCGUCACUGGGCCCAUGCGAGAAUCCAUCGAGGCCAAAGUCACCUGGGAAGACGUUGAACCCGCGGUCUUCGUUAACCUGAUGGAAUACGCCUAUACCGGCGACUUCUUGAUAUUGGGCUGUGUCGACAAGAACGCUCCGGAAGGCGGGAUGAAUAAUCUGUCGAAUGAGCAGAAAGAGGCGAGCGACCAAAACAAGAAAGCCAAGAAAAGAGAUGACAAACUCCCCCAAAGUCUUUUCGAAGCCGUCGUGAGCGCCAAAAAGGCAGGAGGUAUAAAGCUCGCGGCGUAUCAAUUCACGAGAAAGUCUUUCAAAUGCAGCAAAUCAUGCAAGUUCAGAAUCACCAACGACAUCCAGACUAUCUACAACCAAGAGCAAAUCGAAGCCUCAAAGAAGAUCAUCCCUUGCGAUCUCGAACAUUACAUGUCACUCGCGAAGCUAUACGUUCUCGCCGAGAAGUACGACAUCAGCGAGUUGAAAACCCUCUGCGCCUCUAGGUUCAAACACAGCAUAUUCCACGCCCCGGGAGCAGCAAACUUCAUGGAUGACAUGAUAUUCGUUCUCCGAUACCUCAGCAACCUCACGAGACCCAAAGACCAGCUACGGAAAGUCAUGCUCAAGUACAUUAUCACCGAUUUGAAGUGGUUUAUGGAUCAAAACUGUUUUCGAAACCUUUUGCAGGAACUACCGGAAGUUGCAACUGAGCUUUUUCUUAUGAUACCCUCCGAGUAUUGGCAAGAAGUCAGUCGUAUGUGCUGA